AUGGGACAGUUUUUGGAAGGAUGCUUCUUGAGUUGUGGCAUCCUCGUGUUUCUCGGUUUGCAGGUCCCGGCCACGCUGGCAAGAGGCUCCCGGGGUGAAGCCCUGCAGCAUGGCCAGUCCGGGACCCUACCUCACUUCCUGGAGGAGCCCGAUGAUGCGUACAUUGUCAAGAGCAACCCCAUCAAGCUCCGGUGCCAGGCACGACCUGCCCUCCAAAUCUUCUUCAAGUGCAACGGCGAAUGGGUUCACCAGAGCCAGCACAUGUCCCGGGAGCACACUGACCUGACCACAGGACUGAAGAUCCGCGAGGUGCUGAUCAACGUGUCCCGUCAGCAGGUGGAGGACUUCCAUGGGCCGGAGGAUUACUGGUGUCUGUGCGUGGCCUGGAGUCACCUGGGGACGUCCAAGAGCCGCAAGGCCACUGUCCGAAUCGCCUACCUGAGGAAGAACUUUGAGCAGGACCCGCAGGGCACAGAGGUGCCUCUGAAGGGCAUGAUUGUGUUGCACUGUCGUCCCCCAGAGGGAGUGCCUGUGGCUGAGGUGGAGUGGCUGAAGAAUGAAGAGCCGGUGAACUCCGACGGUAUCGUUGAUACAAGAGCCGAUCAUAAUCUAAUCAUCUCAGAGGCCCGGCUCUCCGACUCGGGGAACUAUACUUGCUUGGCCAGCAACAUCGUGGCGAAGAGGCGCAGUGCCACCGCUACUGUAGUGGUCUAUGUGAAUGGAGGCUGGUCAUCAUGGACAGACUGGUCACCGUGCAACGUGCGCUGUGGCCGGGGCGUCCAGAAGCGCUCGCGCACCUGCACGAACCCGGCUCCUCUCAACGGGGGUGCGUUCUGCGAGGGCAUGUCGGUCCAGAAGAGCACCUGCAACACACUCUGUCCAGUGGACGGCGGCUGGGGGGAGUGGACUGAGUGGACAGUGUGCAGUGCCGAGUGUGAGAGGCAGCGCAGCAGGGAGUGCACGGCCCCGGAGCCCAAACAUGGGGGUCGACUGUGUGAUGGGGCGGCACUGGCCGUGGAAAACUGCACCGGAGGCCUCUGCACUCAGAAUCGAAAGCUGCUGCAUGACGCCAAGCCACAAGGCGUGGAGAGCAGCAGCGAUGUGGCCUUGUAUUCAGGCCUUGCCGCCGGUGUUGUGACGGUGGUGGUGAUGAUCAUCGCUGUCACUCUGUACCGAAAGAACCAGAGCGAGUACGGCGUUGAUGUCAUCGACUCCUCUGCCCUCACCGGCGGCUUCCAGUCCUUCAGCUUCAAGACAUCACGCCAAGGGAACCCACUGCUCAUUAGCUCAUCCAUACAGCCUGAUCUGACGGUGUCGCGGACAUACACGAGCCCCAUGUGUUUUCAGGACUCCAUCGAUAAGGAGUUGAUGGCCGAGCGUUCACUCCUUGACCCCUUGCCUGACCUCAAGGUCAAAGGGGUGGCAGAGAGGGCGGAGUACCAUGUCAUGUCCCACCCUCAGACCUUCCCGAGGGGCAUGGCUCCAGACUACAGCGGGGUUGCAGUGGAGGCCACCCUGGGCAGAAGGGAGAAGAGCCUGUUCAUCUCCCAGGCACCGCUGACCCCCACCAGGCCUCCCCACAAAACAACAGGCGUGUUUGGCCACGCAGGAGGGAGGCUCGUGGUGCCCAACACUGGCAUCAGUCUGUUGGUGCCUCACGGGGGCAUCGCUGAAGACACAACCUGGGAAAUGUACAUGAUCAUCAACCAGGAGGACAGCAGUACUGUGUCAGAAGAUGAGCGAGAAAUCCUUCUGAGCCCGGAAGUCACAUAUGGCCCUCUGGGGCUUGACCUGUCCUGCCCCAUAGCCAUGACCGUAGCCCAUUGUGCCGAAGUUGCUGCUGAUAAUUGGACCAUCCGGCUAAAGAGACACAUACAGGACAAUAAGUGGGAGGAGGUGAUGUCGGUGGACGAGGAGAGCACAUCCUGCUACUGUCUGCUGGAGGCCCAGAGCUGCCACCUGCUGCUGAGACGUCCGGGUCGCUACGUCCUGGUGGGGGAGCCGCUGAGCCAGGAGGCUGCCAAGCGGCUGAGGCUGGCCGUGUUUGGGAGUCCAGACACCAGCAACCCUCUGGGCUUCACCCUCAGGGUUUAUUGUGUUGAUGACACGCCCCAUGCAUUUCAGGAGGUGGCAGUGGGAGAGCGCAGCAGGGGAGGGCGACUCCUGGAGGAGCCUAAAAUGUUGCUGUUCAGGGGGAACACUUUUAGCCUCCAGGUGUCCAUCCAGGACGUCCCACAGUUGCUGUGGAGCAUCAAGCCUUUCACCACCUGCCAGGAGUUCUCCUUUUCUCAGGUGUGGGCCAGUAACCAGCGUCCCCUGCAGUGUGCCUUCUCUUUAGAGCGAUACAGCCACUCCUCAUCUCAGCUCUCCUGCAAGAUUAGCAUACGACAGGUCAAAGGCCAGGAGCAGAUCCUCCAGGUCUACACGUCUGUGGUGGAGAACGAAAAGGGGGUGGUUCCCUUUUUCACUCAGUCCGACUGCACCGUCACCUCUCAGACAGGGUCAAGGGCCUUUAAAAUCCCCCUGUCCAUCCGUCAGCGGAUUUGUGCCACCUUUGACACAGCUAAUGCCAAGGGAAAGGACUGGCAGCUCUUGGCUCAAAAGCUCCAUAUCGACAGGAACCUGUGCUACUUCGCAUGUCAGGAGAGUCCAUCGGCGGUGAUCCUGAGUCUUUGGGAAGCCCAGCACCAGGAUUCAGGGGACCUGGACUCUCUGGCCAGUGCCCUAGAGGAAAUCAGCAAGGUCCAGUCCAGGACAACCACUCCAGGUCGCAGCAACGAGGAGCUGGAUACUGAAUUCACUUAACGUGGGUAGGAAAGGUCCACAGCAGGCCACAGGGAUCAAAUCAUGAUGAACCUUUAUUGCAUGAACACUGAUGAUCAGGGGUACUAGCUUACCUGUCAUAAGGAGGAGCAGACGCAGAAAGGACAGCAGGGAGACUCAGUUUGGACUGUUACUAAAGGGACACCUCUGCUAAACCAAAUGGCACAAACAGACAGACGGGAAUCAAGGCAGGAACAGCCGAGGGACAGAAGAGGAAAGCAAAGGGGA